UUACAGAGGUGAAUGUCACUGCCUACUCUCAAGGAGUUUAUAAGAGGCAUGUAUACCCUAAAACCCGACCAUGUAAUAAUGGACAUGGAAAGAGAAGUACCGAAGCAGGAGUAGUAUAGAGGAAGAACUGACUCAUUUUCUAAUGGAAGGGACAGGGAGAAAGCUCUUGCCCCAGUUCUUUGGCUCUCGUUUUGUUGGUGAAGAUAUCACAGUGAUGUCUGCAUUCAACCUGCUGCAUUUGGUGACAAAGAGCCAGCCAGUGGCCCUUCGAGCCUGUGGGCUUCCCUCAGGGUCAUGUAGGGAUAGAAAGAACUGUAAGGUGGUCUUUUCCCAGCAGGAACUGAGGAAGCGGCUGACACCCCUGCAGUAUCAUGUCACUCAGGAGAAAGGGACCGAAAGUGCCUUCGAAGGAGAAUAUACUCAUCACAAAGAUCCUGGAAUAUAUAAAUGUGUUGUCUGUGGAACUCCAUUGUUCAAGUCAGAAACCAAAUUUGACUCUGGUUCAGGUUGGCCUUCAUUCCACGAUGUGAUCAGCUCUGACGCAAUCACACUCACCGACGACUUUUCCUACGGGAUGCACAGGGUGGAGACGAGCUGCUCUCAGUGCGGUGCUCACCUUGGGCACAUUUUUGAUGAUGGGCCCCGUCCAACCGGCAAAAGAUACUGCAUCAACUCGGCCUCCUUGUCUUUCGCACCUGCAGAGAGCGCAGCCACUGGGGGCCGUGGGGCCGGCAGCCCCGCCCAGGCGGACAAGGCGGAGCUGUAGAGUUCGAGACCGCGAGGGAGACAAGUGUACUUAAUGCACAGCUUAUUAACAGAAUUCAGAAUUGUCUAUCUUAGAUAUAUUUUUUUCAAAAAAAAAAUACAGUUUUGUGCUAUUGAUAUAUUUCUUCUUUUGCUUAAACAGAGGCCCUAGCCACCGAUGUAUUUUGCUAUUGACUAGAUCCGGAACUGUUUAUAACUUUAGGGAGCCGAGACAGCUUUGUGAAACUUCUUCACAAGCCACUUCAGUACCAUUGGGCAUAAUUUUCCUCAUCACAUAGCUCCUUCGGAGAUUUCUUUCCCCCGACGUCAGAGGCAGCAGUGCUUGGAGACCUCCGGGCGGGCGCUGCAGGGACGGAGCCGGGUACAGGAGCAGGGAGAGACCUGUGAGACACAUGGCCCGGCAUUGCACAGAUAAGGAUGGAGUGAUGUCUCCCGAGACUUCUUAGCUUUGUGGACUGUUUAAGCUGAGGUCGUUUAUUCUCACUAAAAGGGUGUGAAGGUCUAAAGUCUUUCCUUAUGUUAAAUUGUUGCCAGAUCUGAGGGGGCGCAAGGAGCGUUGUGGCAGAGAAGUAAACAUUACCUCACGGUGAGGCCUUUAUUUUAUUUUCCAUUGAAAACUUUGGAAUGUACGACAACUGUAAAACGCGGAGCCCCAUCUUGCCCAGAGUUCACAAAGGAGAACACCUGCCCUGGCCCUGUAGAAGUCCGUCCUGCACACCUAAUACCAGCUGGGUCUGGAAGGGCAUGCUGGUGAACUCCACUGUGCAACCUGUGGGAAUAAGCACUCACCAGGCAGCAGAAACGAGAGAGCAGAGGAGACCAAAGAGCAUGUCCUGGGGCCCAAGUAGCCAGUAUUCUGCGGAAGAGCUGACGGGGUCCUGCGCAUAGCAAACAGCACCCAAAGGGAGGGACUCUGUGCACAGGUUCAGGUGAACUCUGGAGAGAGGGCGGGAGUUAACAUAGGAAUAGCCAGGAGUUGAGUCUCACCCUUGACACUGAUCUGUCGUGUGCCUCCUCUUCAUGUAUAAACCGAGACAUACAACAUUUGUAAAAUAAUUGACACUCUCAGGGCAACAUUACUUACUAUCUUGCCACACGGUGAAGAUCGGUGUGGUGAAAUUAAACUGAUCUGGUUCUAAUAGCCCACGAGGCUGAAACCCAGGCAUUUGAAAUGGAAAGAAGUAGAGAGAGGAGGCUGACUUAGCUGAUUGGUAUGGAAGCAGUUGGGCUAAGAGCCAGAAAUGUUUUCUUUGUAGCAGUGUGGCUGCUUUUACUCGGAGGAGCCCCACUCAGCUGCUGUAGAACAUGAGGGCUGGUGGGACGGAUGUCAUUGUGCACGGAUGUGAGCCGUGCUGACACAAGUUGGUGUCGCCGCCACCGGGUGUGCAGGUACAGUUUUUAUGGCUGAUACAUUUUGUCCCUGUAGCCUUGAACACUAAUCCUGAAAUGUAGUUUUUGGAAAAAUAUUAUUUUUGUAAAUCUUUGAAAACAUGAAAAUUGACAUCUUUUCUUAUAUGCACCACAACAAAAAUAAGAUAGAGGGACACCUGACAGUUUUAGAGAAAUAAUGAGAAAUUAAAAUGAAAAGUUGUGACAAACCGAGAUGUCAGUAUGGUCAUGUCUGCAUUCUUCUAUGUCUCCACCGGCUUCCCGGGGAGGCCGCGACGUCCUGGUGUGACUCCUGGUCCUCGAGGCCUCAGCUUCGCAAUCCCGGAUGAGUUACACUCGGCUCCCCUCACUGCCAGGUGUUUCCCCUCGGGCCAGGGUCGCUGGGGGAAUUUACAGGUUUCACUGCCCUGUCGACAUGAGAUAUAAAAUUUAAGAUCAUUGAAGCCUCAGCAUCCAGACAGUCUUAGAAGCUGUUCCCAACCUCACAGAGGGAGCCCCAACAUUAUCCAGUGACCCAAUGAGCCCAUGUGGAGUCGGCCAAAGAAGUGGGUCUCCCCAGACAUUUCCUGCCACAGUGUGAGUCUGUCCUUUGGGGGUCCACGCAGCACUUCUCACAUCCCCCGAGUUAGGUGCGGUGGCCUGCCCCGGGGUCCCUUGGACACGAGCCACAGUGUUGGGCUAGACAAGGAAGAUAAACGAGGGGCUUCUUUCCUCUCCCCGAGGACUCUGGGUUCUUACUGUUCCUUCAUUUUUAUUGUAGGGCUUAACAUUUCCCUCAAAAAACUCUGUUUCUAAUCCUUAGUCUUUGUUUCCCGGGAAGCCAGUUUUUAUUCUACCACAUUUCCCUGCAUCAACUUUAAGAAAAAUGUAGCAUCCAUCGAAAAAAAAGAAGUGGGGUGUAUGCAUGUGGUUUGAUUCCAGAUUGCUUUUGAGUUUAAGUGGUAUCAAAUUUCAGUAUAUUUCUGUCUUAUGUUAAGGAAAUAUAUUACUAAAAUGUCAGUGAGCAAUAAUGUCAGCUGUCGAGCCCUGGAUUUAUUUUUGCAGGAUAUGGAGUGCAAUGAACUGAGUCAAUAUGGCGAGGUGUAUGUGAUCUGUGGGAGUUAUGCCAUUUAGCGUAGGAAAUGCGGGGACUUUCCCUCUCUGCCCUGGUCCUGGCUGUGCCAUUAGGAGACGCAGACUUCUGCCGUGUGUACAAAGUAUAUCCAGACAAUCAUGCAGAACAGCUCUGAAGAGAGCAGCAGUAUAUAUUGUAUUAGAGAACAUUUCUAUGUGUUUUAACUUUGCACUUCUUAGAUGCAUUUACAUUCUUAAUGCAAAUAACAUGGUAACUUAAAAGCCUCUCCAGGUUAACGGAGUUGAAAAUGUCUUGCUUUAAAUACAGAAUACAGUGGAUUACCAUUGGUUCAGAAGGAUAGAUAUUCUUUUUGCCCUAGAUAGCUUUGUAAUAACUUUUUCUCAAACAAUUUAAAACUUUUGAAAAUGAUGUGAAAUUUUCAUUAAAAAAUCCUUUCCUAUGUUUAUUGUAUACAAUAAUUAUGCAAUAAAAUUUCUUUACAAAAGUG